AUGCGUUCAUCCUACGAUUCGUAUCGUCAUUCAUCAUUAUCUUCGUUGCCGAACCGUAGCUACCGUCAUACAACUCCAUCGAAUUACUUAGAUUUAAAUUCACAAGUUGGCGGCAGUGAACGAGCAGAAUUUCACGAUCGUUAUCAAAAUCGAUAUGCAUGGCUCGAGAAGAACCAUGUCAAUGAAGUUGGUUCAACAUAUAAUUCGCUGGGUAAAAAAGUCGAUCACAAGCCAUCGGCAUGGAGAUGUGAAGAUCAAGCCGAAGCUGGAAAGGAAUUUUUACGAAUCAAUGAUGAAUGUGCUGAUAAAAUUUAUGAUAUUCGUGAUCAGAGUGACAUGAAUCGUGAAUUUCUUCUCAAUUCGGAUGGUGUCGCACCAAGAUUUUAUAAAAUGGAAGCUGAUGCCUUAAAAACUCGCUACGAAUUGAACAAUAUGAAGCGUAAAUUAGAUGGUAUUAAGCAAUUACGCGCUCGAUUAUUCAAAUGA